AUGGGAAAAGUGUUUUCGCCGGUGCUGCUGUUGGGGUUCUUCUUCUCGUGGCUAGCCCUAAUAUCCGCUCAGUACUGUCCGGAACCUACGCGACCUCAUACGUCGCGGUGCGAUCAGUACUUGCGCUGCGACAAACUUUUCACGGGGGACCACGUUUGGACCACGGUCCAAUGCCAGCAGGGACUCGUGUAUCAACAGCCCAUGGGCACCUGCGUCGUUCCCGACAGCGACUGGGAGUGUGACCUGUCGGCGGAGAACGAUCGCGACCGGAGUGACGAGAACGUUUACGGUGUCGACGGUGGGCUCGAUUUCGAGUCCCGUGCAUCGGCAGAUGAUAGUGAAGAUCAUCCGAUCUUUUCCAGUGAACCGGAGUACAGUGGUGAUGGGAGUCUGGACACGUUGUCGUAUGAAUCCGAGACAGAAAGGGCUCCUGCGCAAACUAGCACGAUAGCACGCCAGGACGUACCCCAACAGCUUUCUGCUUUGAGCACGCAAACGCCAAACGAUGUGACAGCCAAUCAGGACAAGAAUGAGACUCUGACUGAACUGCAACUUUCGGAGCAGUUGAGGAAAUUCAUCGAGCAACAGAAAACCUGGAUCGCGAAUAAUCUGAAGCAACGCAAGUAUCUGUCAGCAGCGGGUACAAAGAAGACUGAAGAUCAUUCGAGCUCAUUGAGGGAGGUCGAUAAACCGGAACCACCGAAAACCGACCCAGGUCCAAGUUCGAUCCAGAAGCACACCGGAGGCUCAGUGUCAGAGGAUCUUAUACGAAAUGUGCUGAGCAUUUCGCAACAAAUAGUCUCCAACCAGAAGGAGUCCGCUGCCCUUAAAUCGAGCGUUGAGCAGAAACCAAUAGUGACCCCCAUUUACAUACCGUACCCUGUCGGUACCAUCCCGGGGCCAACGGCAAGGCCUCAUCCAACCAACACUAAUGCGGCAGCUUCGCCGACCGGUGCCGGUUUCAACAAUCUGCCUCACAACAACUACUUCACCGUGUACGAUGGUAACAGCCAAUUUCCGGCUAAUGUGUCCACCACCGCCAUCCAACAGCGUCCCCCCGUACUGUAUGACGCGUUCGGACAUAGAAUCUUGCCGUUCCAAUCUUUUCCCCCGUACGUGCCUGCUCCAAGUGGCUACCAAGUGGUGAACUCCGGCUACAACCCUUACUACGCCGGGGUCCAGCAGCCACUCGGCGGAAGGUAUCCCACGAUGAUGUCUCCUGGAGCUGCGCUGAAUGGCCCUCCAGAUUACUAUCACGGCCAGUACCAACCAGGGCCAGGGCCGGUGUACGAUGUGGGAUAUGCAGGAAGUCAGCAGCAAAUUCGCUACGGUCCGCCCCAUCACGGACCGGCCGCUUCAUUCGAUCGGAACGAGCUGUCCGAUCCGAGCUUGUCCGACGAAAACGAUGCCCUCGACAGCACCGAAGACGAGGACGAGGACGAGGAAGACGACGCUCCGAUUUCGGGCUUUUCCGACGAGUACAACCAUGAGGUGGCUCCGCCAGAAGAAACCGACGAUGAGCCGACGUCACAUCUGAAGCGCAAACUGUUCGCCCUCGACGACGAGCGUACGUUGGACUACGAAGAGUACAAAGACCGCAUACUGCCCCUGCUGAGGGCCAAUCCGGGCGACACACGCAUCACGCUGCUCACGUGCUCCCUCGGCAGCCGGCAACCGAACAGGACCGAUUGCUUCCGGUACUACGUAUGCAAUCCACACAAUGGCGCCUUCCAAACGUUCACCUGCCCGGCCAAUACGGCAUUCAACAAGAACACGCGGCUCUGCGAUUCGGUGUCGUAUAAACCGUGCCAAACGGCGACGGCAGGCCCGAAGCGUCAAGUGUCGGUGAGACGCCAGAAACCCCAGGCGCACCGGAAACGCACCAAGGAGGAGCCCGCCGAAAAGGAGCUUCUGCGUAAAGCGCAAAAGUACGUCGAACUGAUUCGUCGGCAGGCACUGAAGGUGAUGGGACCUUCCAACGGCAAUAGCCAACAGGCAGUGACAACGGUAGGUCAACCCCAGACCCGGCCUCCUGCCAAGGUCCAUCGCCGUAAGUCGAGCUCCCUGGCGGCCAAGAGGAGAGUAGCGUCGGCCACAACGACGACGACGACGACGAGGGCACCGCUGAAAGUGGCGCGCUGUCGUCUGGAGGGUCGCAUGCCGGAUCCGAACGAUCGGAUCAACUACUACGUCUGCCAUCGAAAAAGUGAGAAGAAGUUCACCAAGCUGAAGAUGGCCUGCCCGCCCAACUUGAUCUACUGUGCCGAGUCGCAGUACUGCACGUUGGCAACGAACUGUUGA